AUGAUCUCUAAUAAUUCCAUGGAGGAAAAGGUGGAGGUCGACUUGUCCUUUAUGAACCCACUUGGUGUGAAGAACUCGGAAUUACUACGAGAAUACGGCAAGUUACAUCCAUGCGUCAUUCCAGUGGUGUGCGCAGUGAAGGCUUGGGCGAAACAGAAGGGUCUAGUCUCAGCCAAGGAGAACAACUUCCAACGACUCACCUCAUAUGCUUGGACGAUGAUGGUCAUCUUUUACCUUCAAGUUCGAGUCGGCCUUGUCCCCAGCCUCCAACGUCCAUCGUUUGCCACUUACGAUCCCUCGAUCCAGUCACCGACCUUUUUCAUAAAUGCUGAUGAUGAUGAUCUUAAAAUGGCCAUUUCCAAGGGGAAGGUUUGCCCGAAUUACAAUAACUACCGCUUAGAAGAUGCCGACAAACUCACACGAGGCUUUUUUAAUUUCUACGGUCUCGGAGAGUUCCUAUACUUGACGCCCGUUGACAUCACCAGAGGAGCGAUAUCCCCACAACCGACUCCUAAACAGCGUCGUGAAAUACGCGAGGCGUUGAGGACCAAUCGCUUCAAGCCGAAGCUCGUCAUCAGAGACCCCUUCCUCCGCAACAAAAACUUGGCAUCGAACUGCUCACACUGG